ACCUACUGAGAGCAAAUCUCACGUUUUUCCUUAUCCACCAUUUCAGGUUUCGGACGCUCAUUCGCUCCAAACCUAUCAAUGAAACAACAUUGGGGUUACACUCAACAACCCAGUAUUGAUUAUGAUGAAACAUUUAGUCCUAUUGUCAAACUUGUCAUUAUUUGGGUUGUGCUUUCUCUUGUAGUAAUGUGUUCUUGGCCUAUUCAUCAACUUGAUGUCAAGAAUGCUUUUCUUAAUGGUACUUUCUCUGAAACUAUUUACAUGUCUCAGCCGCUUGCUUUUAUUGAUUCCACUCAUCCAAAUUAUGUUUCUAAGUCUGAUUGGUCCUUGUUUGUGUUCUGCAAAUGUGGUUUGAUGGCUUAUCUUCUUCUUUAUGUGGAUGACAUUAUUCUCACUGCUUCGUCUCUGUCCUUGUUGGCUAAAAUUAUUUCCCUACUGAAAUUUGAAUUUCAGAUGACUGAUUUGGGCUCUCUAAAUUAUUUUCUUGGCAUUAGUGCUCAUUUUAAUGCUAUUGGCUUGUUCUUAUCUCAAUCUAAAUAUGUUGUUGACUUGCUUGCUAAGAGUGGUAUGCGUGAUUAUAAGCCUGCCUCCACAUCGUUGAGUCCAAAGAUGAAAUUAAUGGUUGAUGAUGGUGCUUUAUAUCAUGACCCCUCUUUGUAUCGUAGUCUUGUUGGUGCUUUGCAUUACCUUACCUUUGCUUGGCCUGAUAUUACUUUUGCGGUGGGUCAAGUUUGUCAUUUUAUGCAUAAGCCUGCCACUUCUCAUUUUCAAGCUGUAAAAUGGAUCUUACGAUAUUUAAAGGGCACCAUGGACUAUGGUUUACAACUAUAUCGUCAUUCUUUGCUUUCUUUGCAUAUGUUCACAGAUGCAGAUUGGGUAGGAUGUAUUGAUACUCGUUGGUCUAUUUCUGGAUAUUGUCUUUUUUUGGGCAAUUCUCUUAUUUCUUGGUCAUCUAAGAAACAACACAUGGUUGCUUGUUCUAGUGCAGAAGCCGAGUAUCGUGCUCUUGCCAAUGCUGCUACUGAGGUAUUAUGGGUUCGUCAGUUACUUUUUGAGCUUUAUACUUUUCUUCCUAUAGCAUCGGUGCUAUUUUGUGAUAAUCUUAGUGCUAUCUAUCUUUCUCUUAAUCCCAUUCAGCAUCAGUGCACUAAGCAUAUUGAGAUUGACAUUCAUUUUGUGAAAGAGAAGAUUGCUUUUGGGAUUUUGUCUAUUCGUCAUGUUUCUUCAUAUUUUCAGCGUGCUGAUGUCUUAACCAAGGCUCUUUCUAUGCCUUUGUUUCAUACUCAGAGGGCUAAUUUGAACGUGCUUUGUAUGCCCGCUCAAAUUGAGGGGGGGUGAUAAUGUAUAUAUUAUAGUUGUAUACUUGUAAAGGGUAGUUAGGGUUUUUCCUACAAUAUACCACAUGUGUAAAUACUCCUUUACAAUAAUGAAAACCCUAGAGGCAUUAUCUUCUGCAUUCCUAAUAAUUCAUUAAUUUUAGG